AUGGAGGUACCCGGAAAGAAGCGUGACCCUGGCCUUGACAAGGGUUCCGCUGACACCACUGUCUACUGCCAGCCGUGUGGGGAGGGCAGUAAACGCGCUGUAGCCCAGGGCUUCUGUCAGACGUGCCAAGAGUACAUCUGUGCUCCCUGUAUCGAAUACCAUAAGCAAUUGAAGAUGUCCAGGAACCACAUUCUGCUGUCUAAUGAUAAGCUGCCCUCUUUAUACCCGUCCACCAAGCAGUCAGCUAUCGCAGACACGGAGUAUUGUAAAGACCAUCCGAAGGAGAUGAUCAAAUUUUAUUGCCCGACCCACGGAUACCUUUGCUGUGGUGAUUGUGUCGUUCUCGACCAUCGCAGCUGUAAAGUUGACUACAUCGCUGAUGUGGCUAAAGAAUUUGUCAUUGGAAAUGAAUUUAGAGAGCUGGAACCUUCUAUUAAUCGAGCUGGAUAUAUUUUAUCCGGGCUCAUUAGUAACGUCACGGAGCUUUUUGUUGAUGUCAAAAACCAGUCUAAGAUUGAGAUAGAUAAACUGACGAAGUUCCGUUCAGAAAUAAACACAUACCUUGACCGGCGCGAGAAGGAGUUGCUCGACAACAUCAAGAAGGUGAUGGCCGAGGAUGAGAACGCGCUGACUGCACUAAAGAGCGAUUGCGAGUUGAUAAAAACCAGACUUGAGGCCAUGAGGACGGAAGUGACUUCCGGUGACGUCUCGGUGAACCAGCGGUACGUGACGGCAAGGCGAGGCCGGAAGGAGCUACGGGAAAUUUAUGACAAUAUGGAGAAGAUGCCUGGUAGAGUAAACGCCCGGAGGUACCAGUUUAUUAAGGACGCGGACACGGAGCGGCUACUGGGAUCGAAAAUGGGCCUUGGAACACUUGACGUGGCGGGAGAGUUUCGAAAGAAUAUUCCAGUUCCUGACCUCUCUACUGUCACAUGGAAGAAUGGAGCAGACAUCCACGUCAGAGCGCCACAGGACCAGGAUACCUGCUUUAUUUCCGGCAUCGCUCUGCUGUCUCACGGUCUCUUCCUUCUGACUGACCACGGUAACAGCUGUGCCAAACUGGUGGACGCCAUCACCCGCGCCGUCACGUCCCGACUCGAACUGCCAGUCCAGCCCUAUGACGUGUGUGCGCUUCCUGGUGACCAGGCCGCUGUCACUCUCCCGGAUAAGUCCAUGAUACAACUGCUGUCUACGAAAGAAGGGCAGUUGUCGCGUGGAAAGGAAAUUAAAGUAUCAUCUUGGUGUCGUGGCAUUGCAUACUACAACAAUAGACUAUACGUUUCUUACGUAUUUACCCCGCGUAUUGAAGUGAUGAAAUUGGAUGGUCAUAUCUUAUGUACAUUUCAAACAGUGGAUGGAAGACAAACUUUCCAACGCCCAAUAUACCCGACUGUGUCAGCUUCCACACCACCGACCCUGUACGUGUCUGACUACACUGCACACACCGUCCUCCAGCUGUCUCUAGACGGGAAGGUCCUACGAGAGUACAGUGACAAGAAGCUCAAACAUCCCGCGUCGGUGGUGACGGUAGGUCCGGGUCAGCUGCUCGUGUGUGGAUAUGACGGUCACAACGUGAUGCUGCUGACGGAGAGGGACGGCAAGAUGGAGGAAAUACUGGGACGGAAGGACGGACUGACAUAUUCCUACUCUGUGUCCUUCUGUCCCCACACAAACACAGUAGUUGUCGGAAUGUCGCGUAAUGACUCAUUGAAGGUAUUUAAUGCAAACUGACAGUGUUUCUUCCUUAGUCGUGAUCGUUAUUUUUAGGAAGAAAUUACCAUGCAUUAAAUAACCUUUAAACAACUGAAAAGUAAAUGUAAAAACAUUUAUUUUACAAUUUCAGCUUGCGGUUUUGAUUUGUUUUUUUUUUGUAACCUUGUGUUA